CUGUUGGAAAAUGUAACUUGUUUUACAGGUGAAUAGUUAGAUAGGCUAUCCAAUGGCUGAGAACGUGGUUAUUGGAGCAUUAAAAGCUAAUUCAAAAUCGUUCAAUCUGAGCUCGAAGAAGAUAAAGCACGUUCCAAAAUCCGUUUCAAAAUUAACAAAUCUUUCAAAACUACAGCUUAGUAACAAUUGGCUCACAACUUUGCCUGUGGAACUACAGUCUUUGCAACACUUGACAGAAUUGAACUUGGGAAAUAACACUUUGGAGGAAAUUCCAUCUGUUGUGGGGUACUUGACCUCCUUGAGAAAACUCUACCUAUUUGGAAACCAAAUCACGUCAUUGCCUCCGGCUGUGUUGGGUGGACUCCCUAACUUGGUUAUUCUCAAUCUGAAUCACAACUGCAUUCAGUUCCUGCCAUCAGCAAUAGACAGGCUGGUUAGACUUGAGACCCUCAGUGUGACCGACAACAGAUUGGAGGAGAUCCCUGUGGAAUUGUGCUCUCUUGAUACACUUGUGGAGAUCAACUUGACCAAUAACAAUUUGAUCCGAUUGCCGCAACAGCUCUACAACUUGUCACGUUUAUCCAGGUUAUACCUGGCCAGAAACAAGCUUAAAGUCUUACCAGAGGGUAUUGUAUCCUGGUCUAGUCUUACAAUCCUGGAUGUGGCUGGCAACAAUUUAUCAAUGUUUCCCGUUAAUUUUCAGCUCAUGCACUUGAGGAAGCUGCACUGUGAGGAUAACAACUUUGUGCCCUGUGAACCGAUUGAGUCUGUGCAAGAGGUGGAGGUGCUGUCAUUAAAGGAGCAGGCUGCCAGGUUGAUCCUGGUGGAGGACAGGGACCAGUUUUCCGUGGUCCACGAGGCCCUGCUCUGCCACCCCACCCUGGCCAGCACGCUGGGGGGCUGGGGCCUCUGUGGCCUCUGCUCCCUGCCGUUCCUGACCACCUGGCUCGAGUGCGUCCACUUCAUCAACCUCCACAAGGACAUGCAGAUGAGGAGUCACCAGACCAUUCCAGUUCGUGUGCUUCUCUGUUCAUAUAAGUGCUUCAACAAGAGUGGACACUCCUUCUAUGGUGUCGGCUCUGUAGAGAGAGAAGAUCAUUAAAAG